GUUCUUGUGAAGCAGUUGGUUCUGGUUCUUCUUCGUCUUUCUGGUCUACCCCUGGGAACCCAAUUGGUUCUGGUUCUAGUCCUGGUGGAGCAGUUGGUUCUUGUCCUGGUUCUUGUUCAGCUGAGGCGUCACACUGAUCCUGUCCAAUAAGCUUGAGCCGUGUGCUGCUGAUCCUCUUCAUGACCACCUGUUGCUUCUUAGUGACAGUCUGCAGCGUCAUGAUCAGUUAAGAAGUUAACAUGGAGAGUUCUGUCACCAGCCGCGCUUCACGGCACGAAUAACCAAGAGACCAGAAAAAAAAAAUGCAUCUGAUGGUUACUUCUGCAGCAGAUACCUUCUCUGUCCAAGCACCAUGUCCACCAGGACUCUGCCGCUGGUUUUCAUUAAUCUGGGUGGAGAAAUGCUUUACAUACUGGAUCAACGACUGCAAGCGCAGAACACGUCUGUGGACAACUCAGAGAAAGGAGUGUGGUCCGAAAAUGACAGAAAAAGAGUGAUGAGUGACAUUGUCGGGACCAUGUUCAGCAAAGCCUUCAUGGACGAACUUCUCAAACCGCAGCAGCUGUACUCACACAGGACCAUGAAGACCGUGCUGACCCGGUUAGCGCACACCUCCAUCAUGAGGCUGAACCCGGCCAGCAUGGAGAAGCUUUAUGAGCUGAUGGUCAUGGCGUUCAAAUAUCAAGUCUACCUUUGUCCGCGGCCUAAAGACCUGCUGCUCAUCACAUACAACCACAUGGACGCCAUCCGGGAGUUUGUCCGAGACACUCCGGCGGUCGCCAACCAGGUGGAUGAGACCCACAGGAAGCUCAUCGAGGUCUACUCUCCUCUGUCAGAGGGAGAGUUUCAGCUCCUCAGACAAACUCUGCUCGUAUUUUUUCAAGACAUGCACGUUCGUGUGUCGCUGUUCCUGAAGAACCAAAUCCAGAAACCCAACGGACGCUUCACCCUGACCAUGUCGGGCCCGGUGCCUCAUGGGGGGGAAGUUCCAGGACUGAUCAGGCUGUUGGACGUGAAGGGCAGGGAGGUGAGCCGCCACGAGUUUCCCAGCGGAGGAAGUUACAGCAGCGCGGUCAGAGAGGGAUCCUUUGACCUUCACGGAGACAGAGUCCUCAGGCUCGGCGUGAACAUGUACACAAUGAACUAUCCAGAGGAGACGCACACGUCCAGGAACAUCUGUGCUCAGCCUGAUGAUGUUCCAAACCUGCUGGCCAAGGAGGAGCUGAACCUGCUGGCUCGCAUCAUGGGCAGCAUGAAGACCGAACACGUCCACAGCGCCGAGGGAAGCUUUCGGUUAAACCUGUUCGCUUCAGACCAGGAGGAGGAGGAGGCGGGAUCUUCAGGAGGAGCUCGGGACUUCGAAGUCAUCAACAUUCAAGCCAUGCAGGACGAACAGGCCGCUGCCGAGCUCGCUCGAAUUGCCGGACAGUUUGCAGAAGAGGAGGUGAGGCACGAGGAGCAAAGCAGCAGCAAAGGAGACGAGCUACUGGCCAUGAUGGAUGACCUCUGACUGUGGUUCAGAGAUUUCACUUUAUUGGAUUAAAAUAAAAAAAAAGAUGCAGUACACAUCCAGGACAGCUUUUUUUAAAUCUAUUUCGAUCUCAGUUGAAUCAGUCAUUAUGUCUGUAAAAUGUAAAGUUUACAUCAACAUUGAAAAUCAAGUUGGCAUGUUUUUAAUAAAGUUUUAACAAAUUUUUAA